AUGUUAGGGAUAAAUGUGGCGGUUGCCGUAUUUUUUGCGAAUAUUGUCUGCGGUGAUGACGAAACGGCAAAGAAUUCUACUACUGACGAAGUAGUGUUAGCAAAGAGAUACCAAAUGGAAUGCAUAGAAGAGACAAGAGUUGAUCCUGAUUUAAUUACUGGAAUAAAAGGCGGAUCUUGGAGUAUACCAUGGAAUUCUAGACCUCUGGUGAGGAAGUGGGCAUUAUGCGUAAUGAUGAAAAGAGGAUUAAUGACCAAGGAGGGAGUUUAUAAACUAGAUGUCGCUUUAAAAAUGGUUCCUAGGGAAGAUAGGGAUGCUGCGGAGAAGGUCAUAGACAAGUGCUUGACCCCAAAAGCUAUACCAGCUGAAGACAUUGCCUUUGAAUUCAUUCAAUGCUUCAAAAAAUCUAAAUCGAAUUACUCAGUAUCUAUUUUUAUUUAG